UUUGCGUGCAAAAUAUUGCGCACGCGCGGAGACACGGAGGUAUUGUCCACUUGCCCGUUCUGUCGCAGUUUCAUUCGCUGGCAUCGGUUCGGCGACACUGCGGUGCGUCUGUUCGUAUCGGCUUCAUGAGCGAUUCGUCGUGGCCGGUCGAUGAUACGACGACGACGAUGACGACGACGACGACGACGACGACGACGUCCGCGCGUACGGGCGAAACAUCUCGGCGAGCGGUGCUUCAAAACCGGCCGCGUCGGGGAAUCGCGUUCAGUAGCGAGGCGCGCUUCGCGCUGGACGGAUAGGCGAUGGUUGUACACUUGUGGACGUUCGUUCGACGUGGUGGCACGAGCGAUGCACUUACGCCUCGGGAGGAGUGAACGAGUGAUUGAUCGGGAUACAUACGGUAGCGGUUCAACAUGUCCAUGAAGAAGGAGUCGCCUUGGGAUGUGGAGCUGCAUCUGGCGGCGGCACGCGGGGACGCCAAGCGUCUUCGUAUUUUAUUGGAUUCCGGACGCGUUCACGUUGAUUGCAAGGACAAGGAUGGCACGACACCUCUGAUAUUGGCCGCCGCGGGUGGCCACAUCGACGCCGUGACCGAGCUGUUGCAUCAAGGGGCGGAUCCCAAUGCCAAAAGGCUGACCGGGACCACGGCUUUGUUCUUCGCCGCCCAGGGCGGUUACAUGGACAUCGCGGGCCUGCUUUUGGAGCACGGCGCGAUCGUGGACUCGUGCAGCAUAGACGGCGGCACGCCGCUCUUCGUCGCAUGCCAGUACGGUCAUCUGGACGUCGUGGAGGGCUUAAUAGAGAGAGGCGCCAGUCCGAACGCUCAUAUGAAGGAUGGCGCCACGGCAUUGUUUAUUGCUGCCCAGAACGGCCACCUCCGUAUUUUGGAAGUCCUCCUGGAACACGGGGCAAAGACGGACGCGGCGAGAACGGACGGCGCCACACCUCUGUGGAUCGCAUCGCAAAUGGGACACGAUCACAUUGUCAGGAGGCUGCUGGGAGCCGGCGCGAAGGUCGAUGCCACGAGACACGACGGCGCGACCCCGCUUUUCAAAGCCGCCCACAAGGGUCACACCGCCGUCAUCGGCGAGCUGCUCAAGUACCGUCCUUCGCUCGGCGUGCUUCCGAACGGCGAAAGUGCAUUGCACGCGGCAGCCUUGACAGGACACAUGACAGUGGCAAGGCAGCUUGUGGGAGCGGGGGCUGAUCCUUUGCUCGUAAAUCAGGAGGGCAUCACGCCGCUUCAACUGGCCGUCCGGCACUCGCAAACGCAGGUCGCCAAUUACCUAAGGGAUAAAAGCCGAAGUAACAGCAGUACCUUUGGCAGAGGAUUCUUACAGGAAGUACACCUUCAAAUAGUUCAGAACAAAAGACUCAAGGAGUUGCUCGACGAAGCCGAGGAAAUACGCGCUCUCAUCCACCUUAUAGUCGAAAAUGUUUCUAUCGUCAAAGGCUUACAUAAUAAUAUCCUAGCGCAUACAAAUAAGGACAUACAAAAAGAACUGGAGACUCGCACGUGUACGAUCUCGCAAACGGCGUUUCGCGUACAGCGAAAAUUACGAGAAAUGGGAAAAGAUAUCACUGUUAUUGAUGAUUUGACUAUAGUUAAUGCACAAGAUGGACCAGCAUACACAAGAAUCAAGAUGCUACAAUAUACAACUAUGUUACAGUUAUUUUCCGAGAUAAUGGAGAAUUAUAAUGCCUCAUUAUUGAAGUAUCAUGAUAAAUGCCUCUUACUCUUGCAGCAGCAACGUACAUUACUAAGACGGCAAGUUACGAGUGUUGAACUGGAGGAUAUGCUUGAUGCUCAAGAAACUAGCUUAUUUGUUGAUAACAUUUUAGAAGAUAGCAAGAUAGCAAGACAACAAUUAUCAGAUAUAAAAAGUAGACAUAAUGACGUUCUAAAAUUAGAAAAAUCUAUCACAGAAGUCAGAGAUAUGUUUGCAGAAAUGGCAUUUUUAAUCGAGAAACAAGGGGAACAAAUUAACAAUAUAGAAUAUUUUGCUAAUAAAACCACGAAUAACAUCGAUGGUGGACGCGUUCAACUCGGACAGGCAAAACACAGAAAUCAUAGGAGUAGAAAGCGAAAAAUCAAGAUUUGCAUUAUUAUUAGUGUAAUAGUGAUAAUUUUUCUUUUAUUUAUCAUUGUAUCUCUUUAAAUAUUAUAAGACAUGUUAUGAGUACAUUUUAGUCAGUAUUUUAGUGUUAACGUAAAUAAAAAUUUUACGUGCAUAUAAUAAAUAUAAUUAUUAUUUCUUA